UGGAGCCUUCGGUCUCCAUCACCAGCCAUUCAGGCGCAGAAAGAGAGAGGGAGGAAGAAGAGGAGGAGGAGAAGGGGCGAGGGGCGGGGGAGGGAAUCCGAUCCCCCCCCGGCUGGCAAUGGCCUGAGCCGAUCCCUUAGGAGAUCCAGCGCCUCUGCUCUGCCUGCCAAGCUGUGGACCGACCAGCCCUGCCUCCUCGCCACCCUGCUCCCCUUUCGCCUGCACAAUGCCAGCUGUGCGGCGUAGCCCCUGCCUACACUAGGGGGGCUCCACUGGGGAUGUGAGCCGGCGGGCAGGGAGAGCCAUUGUGGGGAAGAGGAGCCAGCCAGAGGAGGCCCAGCCAGGCUAUGAGGUGUGGGCGACCGGAGAAGGCUCCUCGCUGAACCAUGAUGAAGACGGAGCCCCACACCGCCAGCCCUGGCAACAGCAGCAGCGGCAGCCUGAGAAGCGCCUCUCCCCACAGGAACGCCUACGAAGCGGGGAUCCAGGCCCUCCGAGCCACAAAGGAUGCCCUUGGGGCCGCCGAGAGCGAAGAAGCCAAGAAGGCCAGGAACAAGAAGUAUGGCUCCAACGUGCACCGGAUCAAGAACAUGUUCCUGCAGAUGGGGACCGCCCCGCCGGGCGAGGGCACCUGCGACCUGGCCAAGGUGAAGGAGAAGCCCGUCCGGCUCUCCUUGCCCAGGGCCAGCAGCCUGAACGAGAACGUGGACCACAGCGCGCUGCUGAAGCUGGGGACCAGCGUGUCGGAGAGGGUGAGCCGCUUCGACUCCAAGCCCGACAAGCCGGUCUCCAAGCUCCAGGAGACCCGGAAGAUCUUCGAGCGGAGCCUUCAGGAGAAGGAGACCACCAACAAGCUCCUGCUGAGGAAGGAGAGGGCCGGCUUCCAGGACAGGAAGCUGGACGUGGUGGUGAGGUUCAACGGCAGCACGGAGUCCCUGGACAAGCUGGACACGGAGGCCGUGUCGCCCACCGUCAGCCAGCUCAGCGCCGUCUUCGAGAAGGCCGACCUGAGGAACAACCUGCACAAAACCCCCAGCAAAGUCGGGCCCCUCAACUCCAAGAUCGUCAGCAAGAGGUCCCGGGUCUUCCUCCAGGGCCCAGAAGGGGGCAAGGCGGAAGCCAGGGUGGGCGACGGGCCGGCUCUCCAACUGAGAGCCAGGCAGCUUGAGGGCGACAAGGCCCAAGCCAAACCGGUCGCGCCCAGGCCAGGCGAGAAGGACGCCAUGGGCCCACGGGCCCAGAGCGUCCAGGAGGUGCGGAAGAUCAAGCCGGUGGAGGUGGAGGAGAGCGGCGAUUCGGAGCAGGAGUUCGAGGCCGCCGAGCAGGCGGAGGAGACGGCGGCCGAGCAGGACAAGAGCAAGAGCUUCGCGUCUGGGCCCGAGAGGGCCGAGGUGAUCCAGGCCGAGGUGACGGUGCAUGCGGCCUUGGAGAACGGCGGCCUGGCUGCGGAGAAACCCGGGCAGGCCCCGGAAGUGGACGCCUACCCCGAGGAGGAGGGCAAGGCCGAGGGGCAGGAGGAGGCCGACCUGGGCGAUGAGUCCAAGAAGGAGGACUUCUCGGAGGCCGACCUGGUGGACAUCAGUGCGUACAGCGGGCUGGGGGAGGACUCAGGGGGGAGCGGGCUGGACGAGGACGAGGAGGCCGACGGGCUGUACGAGCCCGAGUCGAGCUGCGUGGAGAUCCCCGGGCUGUCGGAGGAGGAGGAGCUGGCUCCCAACCGCAAGAUCCAGUUCAGCACGGCUCCCAUCCAGGUGUUCAGCACCUAUUCCAACGAGGACUACGACCGCCGGAACGAGGAUGUGGACCCCAUGGCUGCCUCGGCCGAGUACGAGCUGGAGAAGCGGGUGGAGAGGUUAGACCUCUUCCCGGUGGAGCUGGAGAAAGACUCCGAGGGGCUGGGCAUCAGUAUUAUCGGGAUGGGCGCCGGAGCGGACAUGGGCCUGGAGAAGCUCGGCAUCUUCGUCAAGACGGUGACCGAGGGGGGAGCGGCUCACCGGGACGGCAGGAUCCAGGUGAACGACCUCAUCGUGGAGGUGGACGGUACCAGCCUGGUGGGCGUGACCCAGAGCUUCGCGGCCUCGGUGCUGAGGAACACGAGGGGCAGAGUCCGGUUCCUGAUUGGGCGGGAGAAGCCGGGCGAGCAAAGCGAGGUGGCCCAGCUGAUCCAGCAGACGCUGGAGCAGGAGCGGUGGCAGCGGGAGAUGAUGGAGCAGAGAUACACCCAGUACACGGAAGAGGAUGAAGAAACGGGCGAAUAUGCUACGGAUGAGGACGAGGAGAUGAGCCCCAUGUUCCCCAGCAGCGAGAUGGCCAUCGAGGUCUUCGAACUGGCUGAGAACGAGGACAUGCUGUCCCCCGUCGAGAUGGACCCCGAGAAGCUGGUGCACAAGUUUAAGGAGCUCCAGAUCAAACAUGCCGUCACCGAGGCCGAGAUCCAGCAGCUGAAGAGGAAGCUGCAGUCCAUUGAGCAGGAGAAGGCUCGCUGGCGAGCCGAGAAGGCCCAGCUGGAGCAGAGCGUGGAGGAAAACAAGGAGAGGAUGGAGAAGCUGGAGGGUUAUUGGAUGGAGGCCCAGAACCUGUGCCAGGCAGUGGAUGAGCACCUGAAAGAGACUCAAGCCCAGUACCAGACCCUGGAGCGGAAAUACAGCAAGGCCAAGCGGCUCAUCAAGGAGUAUCAGCAGAAGGAGAUCGAGUUCCUCAAGAAGGAGACGACCCAGAGGCGCGUCCUGGAGGAGUCGGAGCUGGCCCACAAGGAGGAAAUCGACAAGCUCCAGGAGAAGAUCUCUGAACUGGAGGGGAAGCUGCAGACCUUGAAAAUUUCAAACCCGACUAGGCAGCAGAGAUUGCGGGCUGCGGCUGGCGUCGAGCUGCAGGAGGAGCCGGUGGGAGGGGGCCCGGGGAGUCACGCUGAGUUUCUUUGCUCUGGAGGGGAGGGGGAGCAGACGAUCCAGACGCAGGCCGUGGGCAGCAGAGUGCUGCCCCGAGCUGAGGGACCAGGACUGAUGGGGCCAGGGGAGGCACUCCUGGAUGGGCUGAGAACUGAGUCCAGGAGCCAGGCCGCAGGGAGCCCAGACGGGCUGAGAACUGAGUCCAGGAGCCAGGCUGCGGGGAGCCCAGUCGGGCUGAGAACUGAGUCCAGGAGCCAGGCCGCAGGGAGCCCCGACGGGCUGAGAACCGAGUCCAGGAGCCAGGCCGCAGGGAGCCCAGACGGGCUGAGAACCGAGUCCAGGAGCCAGGCCGCAGGGAGCCCCGACAGGCUGAGAACCGAGUCCAGGAGCCAGGCCGCAGGGAGCCCAGACGGGCUGAGAACCGAGUCCAGGAGCCAGGCCGCAGGGAGCCCAGACGGGCUGAGAACUGAGUCCAGGAGCCAGGCCGCAGGGAGCCCCGACAGGCUGAGAACCGAGUCCAGGAGCCAGGCCGCAGGGAGCCCAGACGGGCUGAGAACCGAGUCCAGGAGCCAGGCCGCAGGGAGCCCAGACGGGCUGAGAACUGAGUCCAGGAGCCAGGCCGCAGGGAGCCCAGACGGGCUGAGAACCGAGUCCAGGAGCCGGGCCGCAGGGAGCCCAGACGGGCUGAGAACUGAGUCCAGGAGCCAGGCCGCAGGGAGCCCAGACGGGCUGAGAACUGAGUCCAGGAGCCGGGCCGCAGGGAGCCCAGACGGGCUGAGAACCGAGUCCAGGAGCCGGGCCGCAGGGAGCCCAGACGGGCUGAGAACCGAGUCCAGGAGCCGGGCUGCGGGGAGCCCAGGCGGGCUGAGAACCGAGUCCAGGAGCCAGGCCGCAGGGAGCCCAGACGGGCAGAGAACCGAGUCCAGGAGCCGGGCCGCAGGGAGCCCAGACGGGCAGAGAACCGAGUCCAGGAGCCGGGCCGCAGGGAGCCCAGACGGGCUGAGAACCGAGUCCAGGAGCCGGGCCGCAGGGAGCCCAGACGGGCUGAGAACCGAGUCCAGGAGCCGGGCCGCAGGGAGCCCAGGUGGGCUGAGAACCGAGUCCAGGAGCCAGGCCGCAGGGAGCCCCGACGGGCUGAGAACCGAGUCCAGGAGCCGGGCCGCAGGGAGCCCAGACGGGCUGAGAACCGAGUCCAGGAGCCAGGCUGCAGGGAGCCCAGACGGGCUGAGAACCGAGUCCAGGAGCCGGGCUGCAGGGAGCCCAGACGGGCUGAGAACCGAGUCCAGGAGCCAGGCUGCAGGGAGCCCAGACGGGCUGAGAACCGAGUCCAGGAGCCAGGCCGCAGGGAGCCCAGGCGGGCUGAGAACCGAGUCCAGGAGCCAGGCCGCAGGGAGCCCAGGCGGGCUGAGAGCUGAGUCCAGGAGCCAGGCCGCAGGGAGCCCAGGCGGGCUGAGAGCUGAGUCCAGGAGCCGGGCUGCAGACUCUGCACUGAAAUGGAAGGACGAUCGUUAUGUGCCGGUGGAUUUAUCGGAUAAUCACAUGGUGCAAGGAGAAGGGGGCAGCAGGGCUGGGGGAAAGGGAGGGAGAGAAGUGGGGUGUGAUGAUAUGGGGGAUCUUGCUAUACCACUUGGUCCCUCUGCCACCCUCCCCCACACACUGCCCCCAGGAUCCAGCGGCUUGGUCCAGCUCCGGAGCCUGGCUAUCUCCAGGGUGCUUCCGUGGGGAUCCUACGGGUCCCACGGCUGCAGCUCCGUGCGCCGGGCACGUCCGGCUCCACCCCGUACCUGCCCUGCCAUGUCGUCCUCCAAACGCCGAGACGCCGACGAGGUUUUCGAUUUUAAUGAUGUGAUUCCAGAGACCCAGAGGCUGGACAGCAGUUUGCAGAAGGCCCGAGCCCAGCUGUCGGCCAAGGGCAGGCGGCACCGCCCGUCCCGGUCCCGCUUGAGAGACAGCGUCAGCUCGGCGGAAGGGGACGAGAGCCUGGAGAGGAAGGUGGCCGAUAAACAUGGCAGCCCGCGGCACCGCAUGAGAUCCCCGCUGCACGCCACCCUGCAGGUCUCCUCGCCCCUCUCCGGCUCCUCCCCCUUCCUCCGCGCCACCGAGUUCUCCUUCGACGCCGCCGUGGUCAGGAGGACGCUGGAGGAGGACGAGCAGCCUUCGUCCCCGCUGAUCCGCUACCAGCCCCUGACCAACGCUUCCUCCCACGAGGCCUUGGGAUGCACCCCCACCAGCUCGCCCCCCAAGUCCUGCCACAGCUCGGACAGCUCGCCCCUCUACACCCGGAGGGACCGCCGGGCGGAGCGGCACAGCGAAGAUGACACAAGCCCGUCAGAGCCCGCCAGCCCCACCAUCGGGCUUGACAAGAAGACCCGGAGGAAGUUCCUGGAUUUGGGGGUGACCCUGAGACGAGCCUCUUCCAGCAAAAGCAGGAAAGAGAAGGGGAGCAACCGGCUGUCCAUGGGCAGCAGGGAGCUGGUGGAGGGCGCCAGCCGCUCGUCCGUGUCCCCGUUCAUGCCCUUCUCCUGGUUCACGGACAGCGGGAAGGGCUCGGCCUCGUCCGGCAGCACCGUCUCCCCGACCCGCUCGCCCAAGAGGGAGGGCUUAAGCCCCAAGAAAUCUGCUUCCCAGGACUCCACCCUGAGCGACGACUCCACCCCGCCCAGCAGCAGCCCCAAGACGCUGAGCAGUGGCGCCAGCGAGACGAAAUGCUCCUACCCCUACCACACCCUGUCCCAGUCCUCCGACGAGUUCCUGGACGAGCCCCUCAGCGCCGCCACCAGCUGGAGCAGCCAGCAAGUGGGCCAGUGGCUGGAGAGCCUGAACCUGGAGCAGUACGUGGACGAGUUCGUGGCCCGCGAGGUGGACGGCCAGCAGCUGCUGCACCUGGAUGGAGCCAAGCUGAAGGCCCUCGGCGUCAGCAGCUCCACCGACCGGGCCCUGCUGAAGCGGAAGCUGAAGGACCUGAGCGUGGCGGUGGAGAAGGAGCGGAAAGCCCAGGAGAAGGUGGAGAAGCAGAAGGAAAAGCAGAAGAAGAAAGAGCAGGAGCAGCAGCGGAGGAGUUAGGGAGGGCGAGUUGGCACACGGCUCCCGGCGCGGGGAGGGACAGAAGGAGACCUCCCCUGCCCAGGCGAGGGGGAAUCAGGGGCACACCGACCGGGAGAGACACCGGCCCCCACAGGGGAUCAGCCCAGGGGUCAGUCUUUGGCUUGGGGUGGUGCUGCCAUGGAGCUCGGACUUUCCAGCUGCCUCCUGGAUCCCUGCUGGCCCCAGUAGACAAGCAAACCCCUCCCCAACUCUGCCCAUCCACUCCGCCAUGCACGGGGCUCCUGGCACUGCUGGACCCCGGCCCUACAGCUGGCUAGUGGUUGGCACCCGCCCAUGGGCUGCAGCUGGCACGGCUUCCCCCUCCCGGUUUCCCUGCUGACCUCCGUCUGCUCCCGAUCGGUUCCAGUCACCCAGGCCUUCCUGCUCCAUGCUGAUUGGCUGUCCUACCUCACCGGCCCCCUGUUUCCCUUAGCCCAUGGGCACCACUGCUGCUCCCCACUCCCUCCCGAAAACGAUGGCUCGGCCCCGAGGGGCCCGCAGGACGAAGAUAGUGCAUGGUGUUACCCCUCCCCCGUCCACGAGCGAUCCCGGGUUGCGCUCAGGGGCCAGGAUCGACACAGCCCGGACUAGCACGGCCCGGCCAGUUUAUUCCGAGAGCACAGAUACCGACCCAGGGAGAAACCACGAAGGAAAUAAAAGCAAUUGCAACCAGCCCCGCCGGGGUCCGCUCUGUGCCACACACCCACCCCUGCAUUCCCCAGGCUGGGGGGCGGGAAUGGGGUGGGGUGGGGCCUGCCCUAGGAAGCAAAUUAGGCCCUUCUCUAGGGCGGCCAAAGAGGGGCAGGAGCAUCCACCACCCCUAGGGGGUGCUGCUCCCUGCUUCUGCUCUGCUCGUGGGAACGCUGGGGUCCACGCGGAGCGCUAGGAGUGGCGGAGAACUAGCGGGAGCCAGGCUUAUAAAGCCCGGGUGGCUGAGAAAGGAUUCUUUGUCAGCCUCGUUGAAUUACUGUUAUUUCCGUCCUAGCCUCUAUGAACUCCAAUGCCUACCCCACCUUGUGGAGAAAGGACUUCUUUGUUAAGGCACAGCACCUCCCAGCCCCUGCAGCUAAGGUAGCAGAGCUCCCGGUAUAGGGUGUCAACCCCUAACCGCUGCUGCGUGAGCUACCAGAACCCAGCCCCAACGCGCUGGCUGGCGCAGGGUAAGCCAGGAGGGGCGCAGAGACCGGGGCGUGUGAGCCAGCCAUGGGCAGCAGGCCAGGCGGGCGCGGGGCACCAGCAGCCUGACCCUUGUCACGUUGCCUGUCGCUCUCAGCGGCCGGGGGAAUUUGAA